AUGAUGUCAGUAAUACCAAAAAUUAUGGAUGAAGGAGCUCAAGAGAGCAAAGGGGAGAUGGCUCGUAUGCAAUCAAUAAUUGGAGCAAUUGCUUUAGGUGACUUAUUAAAGACAACAUUUGGUCCUAAAGGUAUGGACAAAAUUUUACAACCAAUUAAGGAGGGUCCAAUAGAUUCUAAUCCUAUAAUAACAAAUGAUGGUGCUACUAUACUGAAAUCUAUAUCAAUUGAUAAUCCUGCCGCUAAAAUACUUGUUGAUGUAAGUAGACAACAAGAUAUUCGUUGUGGGGAUGGGACUACUGGCGUUGUAAUUUUAGCUGCUGAGUUACUAAAGCAAGCAGAGAAACUGCUAGAACAAAGGAUACAUCCUCAAGUUAUUAUUAGUGGUUAUCAUUUAGCCUUGCAGGAGGCUCGUAAGGCUUUAGAAUUAAGUUCAUUUGAUAAUAGUGCUAAUAAAGCAGUAUUUGAACAAGAUUUAUUAAAUAUUGCUAAGACUACAUUAAGUUCUAAACUUCUAACUCACGAGAAGGACCAUUUUGCUCAAUUAGCAGUAAAUGCAGUAUUGAGACUGGGAAAUAAACCAAAUUUGGAUUAUAUUCAAAUUAUAAAAAAGAUUGGUGGAUCACUACAGGACUCAUUUCUAGAAGAUGGUUUUAUACUUGAGAAGAAAAUAGGAGUUGGACAACCAAAGAAAAUGACUAACUGUAAAAUUCUAGUUGCUAAUACCUCCAUGGAUACUGAUAAGGUAAAAAUAUAUGGAGCAAGAGUAGCAGUAGAUAGUAUGGAGGCAGUUCAAGCAAUUGAACAAGCUGAGAAGCAAAAGAUGUAUAACAAAGUUCAGAAGAUUUUAAGUCAUGGGUGUAAUGUAUUUAUUAAUAGACAACUUAUAUAUAACUAUCCCGAUCAACUAUUUAAAGAUGCUGGAAUUAUUGCUAUUGAACAUGCAGACUUUGAGGGUGUUGAGAGACUAUCAGCUGUUUUAGAUGCAGAUAUUGUAAGUACCUUUGAUAAUCCAGAGAAAACUAAGCUUGGAUACUGUAAAACCUUAGAUACUGUUAUGAUAGGUGAAGAUGAACUUAUAAGAUUUUCUGGUUGUUCAAAGAAUGAAGCCUGUACAAUUAUUUUACGUGGGGCUUCUUCACAUAUAUUAGAUGAGGCUGAAAGAAGCUUACAUGAUGCAUUAUCAGUCCUAUCACAAACUAUUCAGGAUUGUCGUGUUGUAUAUGGUGGAGGAUGUAGUGAAGUUAUGAUGAGUGUUGCAGUAGAUAAUCUUGCAAAGAUCGUCGAGGGUAAGAAAAGUUUAGCUAUUGAAGCAUUUUCUUCUGCAUUGAGACAAAUACCUACUAUCCUAUUAGAUAAUGGUGGAUAUGAUAGUACUGAGAUUGUUACUCAACUACGUGCUUUACAUAAUCGUGGUAAUAAUACUUUUGGUAUAGACUUUAAGGCUGCUAAACCUGCAGAUAUGAGUGAGCUCAAUAUAUUGGAGUCAUUUGAAUCUAAAUUAUCUCAAGUUUGUUUUGCAACAGAGGCAGCUGAGAUGAUUCUCCGUGUUGAUGAUGUUAUUCGUUGUGCUCCAAGACAAAGGAAAGGAGUUUAG